UUUAAAUUCAGACAUGGUUAGAGAAUGCCUUAAAAAAAAACAACUUAAUUUUUUGAAGAUAAGGGGUUAGUGACAAGGAAAUCAACUUGUCAGAACAAUUCAUCAGUAUUUCACUAUUCCUUUUCCAUAGGGAAUGAUUCCAUCACCUGGGUCAUACCAACCCAGUCUGGAGUUUUACAUUCCUGCAACUAUGCACAUAGGAAAAAUACUUACUUUAAAUGGAUCCAUAUCCUUUGUCCUGAUGUUUUACUUCAAUUGAUCUUCAGCACAAAAGCGGGCUGCUGAUCUCCCUUAGACCACCUCACAGUUGGCCAGCACCAGUGACAAUGUGCACCCAUGGGCAAGAGGACUGGGGCACAUUCUUAAGUCUUCAGGGAGCCACGCUUUGGAAUAAGGAUCUGCAGCGCUGGCAAGUCUGAGGGGCUUGGCGUUGCUCAUUGCCUCUGGGAGGUCUAGGCGCCCGCCCACUUUCAUUGCCUCAAGAAACCAAGAGACGAAACCUUGAAGGAACCCUUCCCAUUCAUAGCACCCCGAGUGCUCCAAAGGUCUGCCCCAGCUCCUCAAGGCUGACAACCCCCAGUCUGACAGCACGUGGAGUCCCAGGAGGCCGCGUUGCAGCCCAGCCUGCCCUCACACCGACCCCUUCCAAUCCGCGCCUCUGCUCUAACCGCGUGUGAAGCCCCUCGAGUCCCUGCCCCCUGCGCUGAACGCACGCAGAGCCCCUAGAGGCCCCCGCCCCGGUUCUGACAGCACGUGGAGCCCCCUCGAGGAACCGCCUCUCUGACAGCGUACCAAGCUUCUCGAUGCUCCAGCACAGGUUCUAACAGCACUCUGAGCCCCACCAGAAACGGCCUCCCUACUCCUGCACCGCCAUUCGCUCUCUCGGCGCCUGGAGCACAUCCUGGAACUACCUCCCCAGCUCCGCCUACGAGUCCCUCUACAAGUGACCGUUGAGCACUACAAGCUCUGGGUUUCGAGCUCCGCCCAGUCCCGCCUUGCUGUGGAGCCGCUCGAGGACCCGCCUCCUGCACCCACCCCGCCCUCUGCCCGGACCAGCCUCGGAGCACCUCCAGGCCCUUCAUCACGAGCUCCGCCCCGCCCUCUUGCUCUGACUGGCAGUAGAGCACAUCCAGGCUGUGUCCUGCGCCGCCCCCAGGCUCUGAUUGGCCAGCAAAAGCCCCGAGGUCCCGCCUCUCUCCUGCCCCGCCCUCCGCUAUGAAAAGCCUCGGAGCAACUCGAGGCCCCGCCUCCCGGGCUCUGCUACGCCCCCUCCUCUGACUGAGCCCGAAGCACCUGGCAGGCCUGCCCCGCCCCGCAUCCGGCUAAGAAAGUGUCCCACGCACCUUGGAUCCACUCAGGUCCCCCGAGACUGGCUUCUGCGGGUGCCAUGACGGUGCCUGUGUUCUUCGGUUGCGCCUUCAUCGCCUUCGGGCCGGCGUUCGCUCUCUACCUCUUCACCAUCGCCACCGACCCUUUGCGCGUCAUCUUCCUCAUCGCCGGUGCGUUCUUCUGGUUGGUGUCUCUUCUGCUUUCAUCCAUGUUUUGGUUCCUAGUGAGAGUCAUUACUAACAACAGAGAUGGACCAGUACAGAAUUACCUGCUCAUCUUUGGAGUGUUGCUCUCUGUCUGUAUCCAAGAGCUGUUCAGGCUCGCAUAUUAUAGGCUGUUAAAAAAAGCCAGUGAGGGUUUGAAAAGCAUAAGCCCGGAGGAGGAGACAGCAGCACCGUCGAUGCGACUGUUGGCCUAUGCUUUCAUGACACUGGUUAUCAUAAUGCUGCACGUGUUCUGGGGCGUUGUGUUUUUUGAUGGCUGUGAGAAGAAUAAGCGGUACAUGCUCCUCACGGUUCUCCUGACGCAUCUGGUGGUGUCCACCCAGACUUUUCUAAGUCCUCAUUAUGAAGUUAAUCUGGUAACUGCAUAU